AUGUCGCUACGGCAUCUGUUCUUCCUUGUCGUGCUGAGCCGUGGGGCUGUGUGCCACCCCGACGGAGCACCGGUCGAGGCCUGCCGUGAAAUGAGGCCCAAUCAUGGACCCGACGCCAAGGAAUCCACUGACAAGGGCAACCUCAAGCUGACUGCCACGCCCCACGACAAGCGAAGCGCCAAGGUGACUUUGGAAGGAACCUUCAAAGGAUUUCUGAUCAAAGCAGUGGACAGCAAUGGAACGGUGGUCGGAAAUUUCACACCGGACAUGCCUGACAUAGCGAAGGGAACCAAAUGCGAUGGUCACAAUAACAGUGCCAUCACUCACACGAACCGAGAGGAGAAAAGUUCUGUUCCAGUCACGUGGACAGCUUCGGACAACUAUAAGGGAGGUGACGUCAUAUUCAGGGCCACGGUUGUGAGAUCGAAGAAUGACUACUAUCUCAACCUGGAGUCAUCUGCCUUGAAGAUUGAGGGGCCAUCGCCAAGCGACCCAAACAAGAAUGACGAAAAAGAGAAGCCUGGUAGUAGCCCCACAUCGCGCUCCGAGGUCACCGCCUGGCUGGUUGUCCCAGUCCUCAGCUGUGUCAUUCUGAACGUCCGACAUCGCUGCCUUGCGUACCUUUAG